CGCGCUCUGACAGCAGUGUGCAGUCUGACAGCACGGGAGCUUUAGCAGCAGCAGCGUUCACUUCAAAAUGAAGCCUUGUUUUGUGCUCGUGUUCCUCCUGUUCUCUCUGGUCAGUCUGAUGUACCAGACGUCGGACGCGUGUUCAUGCGCGUUGUCUCAUCCACAGGACGCGUACUGCAGCUCCGACAUCGUGAUCAGAGCUAAAGUGGUGGGCAAGAAACUGCUAGGCGACGGCCCGUUUGGAACCCUGCGCUACACCGUCAAACAGAUGAAGAUGUACAAGGGCUUCGACAAGAUCCAGCACGUGCAGUACGUCUACACGCACGACUCCGAGAGCAUGUGCGGGGUCAAGUUCGACAUCAACAAAUACCAGUACCUGAUCACAGGUCGUGUUCACGAGGGGAAGCUGUACACGGGUCUGUGUAACUUCAACGAGCGAUGGGAGCGUCUGUCUCUGGCUCAGAAGAAGGGCAUCAACCAUCGCUAUCAGCUGGGUUGUAACUGCAGGAUCAAGCCGUGCCACUACCUGCCCUGCUUCGUCACGUCCAAGAACGAGUGCCUGUGGACGGACAUGCUGUCGUACUUCGGCUACCCCGGCUAUCAGUCGCGGAACUACGCCUGCAUCCAGCAGAAGGAGGGCUACUGCAGCUGGUACCGGGGCAUGAGCACCCGCGACAAGCUCACCAUCAACACCACCGACCCCUGAACGGCGUCGGCGCGCUCACAACCGGGCCUUAAACCGCUGGUACGUCAACGUCAUCCAACCCCGAGCGCACGGAGCCGUCCUCAUUAACCAGAUUAAAUAUGAAGUAAUUUAUGAACGCAAUAAACCUUCUCUUUUAUAGUGAUGUACUGCUUUUAAAACUUCAUCCGUAUCCAUACCUGCUAUUAUUGUAUAUGUGCGUGUGCCAGAUUUAUACUGUUCGAUAUGUAUUUAUGAUCGUGCCGAAUCGCUCAGCUCGUUCCGGCACGAACGCAGAGAAACGAUUCUUUUCCUUCUUGCUGUUUAUGAUAUAAGCUAUCAAAUUGUGAUUUAGUAUUUUUUUAUUACUUUAAAGCGAAGAUUAUAAACAGUAGAUCACCUCUUUUCUACAUCUAGAACAUGUUUGUAAUGGGAAAGUCAGAUUGGGAGGUACGAAUACGAAUCAGACACGACGAGCGCGCGUCGGUGUUGGAGUGUGUAACGAUUUCUGCCACUAAACUCCUGUUGAUUUCUGCUCCAUUCCUGCGCUGGAGUCUCGGCCUCCAGCUCCUGUUUUUAUAACAUGUAAAUAUUCUGUCUGUAACACAAACAUCCUGAUCAGAUCAGACCCGUCUGACUCUCACUCAAGAGACUGAACGCGCGUGUGUGUGUGUGAGUGUGUGUGUGUGCGCGUGUGUGAGACAGAUGACCAUUUUUCAAUCGAUUCGAUUCGAUUUUUAAUUUCUCUGUUUUAUAUUUUUAUAAUAAACUUUGUGAAAACGGC